AUGUCUAAAAUGUCUCGUUCCCUUUGGCGUAGAUCUUUCAAAAAAAAAAAUCGAAAGCGACUAAGAUGCACACACAACGAACCUAACAAGAAAACGCGUGAAGGGCCGACUCCAAGCGCACUGCUCAAGAAGGGAAAAAAGUGGAACCGUAAAGUUUGUCGCUCAAUCAAUGAAGAUCAUACGGGAAAAUUAAUCUCACACGAUGCUAGGAUAUUUCAGUGGAAAAUUUCGCUGAGGAUCUCCUAUCCAUUCAUGAAAUAUGCUCAAUACCGCACCAUACCAAGAAGGAAUUGGUGGUAUAAUGUAGUAAGUUGA